GUUUCAUUCAUCCACAAAGUAGACUUUGACGCAGCAUAAGAGGUAGACAAUCCUGAGUGGCGAGACAGCAGACUUCACACUCUAUCAAUAAGAGGCUCUUGAUGAAAGUCACCUGAACCAAGAUGUCGUCAACAUCCCAAAAGCAUAAAGAGUUUGUGGCAGAGCCCAUGGGCGAAAAGUCAGUAAAUGCUCUAGCAGGCAUCGGAGAGAUUCUCGGCAAGCGUCUGAAUGAGAAGACUGUUGAUAAGGCAUACCAAGUACUUGGCAAGUUCCUGUUCUUGAAGAAGGAUGAAGAACGCUUCCAUGAUUGGUUGAAAGACACAUGUGGUGCCAAUUCCAAACAGCAAGGUGACUGCUACGGCUGCCUUCGAGAGUGGUGCGACUCCUUCCUGUAGACGACCAGCUCUGCUGUUUCCUUUUUCUU